AUGGCUAUUUAUCCAAAUACUCUUGUCUACCUUGACAAAACUGCCGCGACUGAAAGGAUUGUUGAGAUUUUGCAGCGAGAUGGGGGCGUCAUCAUCAAGAACUUAGUCUCGCUUGCCAUGAUGCAGCAGAUUGAAAAGGAGCUUGAGGACGACUUCCACGCCGCAGAGACCUCGCAGGGGGAAGCAGGCGGGUUCAAGCUCACCUUCCCCGCCAAAAGCCAACGUUUCGAUAUUGUCGGGAGGUCCAAAACAUCUGAUCAGCUUCUCAUGCACCCUACGGUGGUCUCCACUAUCGACGCCAUGCUUUCAGAAGAGUUUGCUAUCUACUUUGGUGAACCUCUUUACCACUCUGUUUCAAAGCCGCAACUUGCCGCUGCCUUGGCAAUCAAGUGCAACCCUGGCAAUCCUGCGCAAGGCCUCCACCGAGACGACACGUUCAAUCAUACCAAACACCCCGGGCCCGAGUCACAGAUCACGGCUAUCUGGGCUUCGACGGACGCGACCAAGGAGAAUGGUGCUACAGAGGUACUGCUGAGAAGCCAUCUUUGGGACAAUUUAGAGAAUCCAAAUCUCCAUCGUGAUGAGAUUAUUUAUGCCGAGAUGCCCGCGGGUUCUCUCCUUCUGAUUGUCGGGGGAUUGUACCAUGCUGGUGGGCGCAACAGUACUACAGAUCAGUCCCGUAUCCUAUACACCUACUUCUAUAAUAAAGGUUACCUGCGCCAGGAAGAAAACCAGUAUCUGAAUAUCGCGCGCGAUGUUGUUCGGUCAAAGUCAGUGCCCAUCCAGGAAAUGCUUGGCUACACUGUUAGCAAACCAGGGGCGGGCUAUUACAAGGGAGGCGACCCCAAGGCCUGGCUGCGAAACCCCGGGGAGGACCUGUCGGACCUCGCCACCCAGUUCUUAUACUAA